AUGGCCCUUCGACGAUACACCGGAUCCGUAGAUGGCACCAUUCCCAUACCCGCUCUCCUCUAUAAUGACGAAGAACUCUUGGCAUCCCAAGAGAAUAUAGGAAUUUACAGCGGUCUUCAGAAAUCUCCAGAUCACCAGGCAGGGAGUGUGCACGUAACAUCCCAUCGACUUUUCUAUGUCGAUUCUCACAAGGCAUCUUCCCGCUCAUUCGCCAUGGAUCUCUCGCAUGUAACCCGAACCGAUCAUUAUGCGGGAUUGUUCACGUCUUCCCCCAAACUCACCCUUUACCUCGCCGCCAGUAACUACCCAAGUUCAUCAGCCAAUUCGAGGAAUGAGCCUGCAAAUGUAUUCGAGAGCUGGGAAUGCGAGGUUUGCAGCUACCGCAAUCCUCCUGGAUUGAGUCCUGCGGCAGCCAACGUGUGUGCGCUGUGCGGAGUGCCCCGAAGUGCAGUGCCGGCGCCAACAUCUCGUGCUCCUUUCCCUGCAAAGCAGCUCUCUUCAUCUCUUCCAGCCUCUUCGUUGUCUUCUACAACCUCCUCGGCUACGUCAUCACCAGCGCCGCCUAUCGCUAGUGAUCUCGUUGCCUGCUCUGCAUGCACGUUCCUCAAUCACACAUCUCUGCGAAUUUGCGAAAUAUGCAAUACGCCACUACCUCGACCGGCCAUCGAUGCACGAAAAAGCAUGAAGUCGGCACCAUCUUCCCGUCCGAUCUCACCAGCCCUGUCGGAGGAUGGCAACGACCCCAUGCAACAUAUCCUGAAACUCAGCUUUCGCAAAGGCGGCGAUAAAGCCUUCUACGCCGUGCUCAAACGUGCACUUAAAUCUCAGGCAUGGGAGGGCAAGGGCAUAGGGAAGAAUGCGAGACGUGGAUCUGUCACACGUGGUUCUAUGACACCUGAAGCAGCCUCUGGGCCUGUUGUCCGUCGCACUGGGAUAGAUGGAAUUUUGCGCACCGUGGAGACUUCUGCACAAAAUUCGGAGAGUGACCUAUCCAAUGCCUUGCAAGAUCUCGAGGCUCUGAUGGUCAAAGCCAAAGAUCUAGUUCAUCUUGCCGCAGAGCUCAACGAGAAGCUAACGGCAUCUUCGACCAUCACCACACAACCGCCGCGAGCGCCUACCGCAUCCCCUUUCUCCUCGUCGUACUCCUCGACGUCAACGCCAGCGCCUUCAAAUGCGCCCCUAUUUUCGACAACGACGUUGGUUCCGUCUACAGAACCGGAGGAAGCAGCGUUUAUCAGAUCCUCGCUAUCUCAGCUCGGCUUACAAAUGUCGAAUGCCCCUGUCACCAUGGAUAUGAUUAGAGAUGAGCGAAGUUGGAUUGAGGAGCUCGCACGCGAACUUGCGGGGGUACUGCAAGGCUCUGCGGACGGUCUCGCCGGAAAUAAAACGGGCAAGUUUAUUGGCAUCAUGAAAGAGCGGGGUAUAGUAGCAUUAGACGAAGUGUGGGGUGGGUGGAACCGAGCGAGGGGAGUCGCAUUGAUCCCGCCUUCCACGUUUUUACAAACCCUCCCACACCUCCCUGCCUACACGUCCCCACCCAUCCGCAGCAGAGUGUUCAAGUCAGGUUUGUCCGUCUUGCACACACCGCCGUACACCCACGCUGCCUUUGCCUCACGCCUUGUGGGAACGCUGGUGAUGGCAGGGCCACAGACCGGCGCGCAGAUUGCCCAAGAAGAGAACAUCACGAUGGGGUUGGCGGGGGACAUGAUCGUGGCUGUUGAGGCGGAUGGAGAGAUAUGCAGAGAUGACGAAGGCGCGAGCAUCAAGGGAGGAGGGAGUGGAAGCGGGGUUGAAGUGCGGUGGUGGGUCAACAUAUUUCGGGAUUACAUGUGGGAUGGACAAGAUUGA